GGACACCGCACGAAUUUCAGUCUUUCCGACGCGAUUUAGUGAAGUUUUUCGGUUUUUCAAGCAUGCAAACACAGUCGGAUGAAGCUGCUGGAAGCUCAAAGGCUUUCCCAAUUAAGACGAUGAGGUCCUCUGCUAAACAAGCAUCAGCGCAAGCAUUAUGGAAACGACGACGGAUAUAACAAGAUUACCGUGUCGGUGCUGUAAAUAAUUUCCUCUCAUCUGGAGAAUGUCUGUGAUUCGGUCGAUUUAAUGCCGGCGAAGAAAAUGUUGUUGGUGCUGAAACCGCGUGUGAAAAAGUGCUAAUGUGAUGCGAAUUACACUCAACGCGUCCGCGUGUGCGGCACUUUUGGAAGAUGUCAAAUGGGGCGAACCGCGACUCCUCCUAUCCCUCUCGGUACUCGCACUCAUCAAUGUCAUGGUCAUCGUCGGAAACUGUCUUGUCAUCGCUGCGGUUUUUUGCUCGUCGAAGCUGAGGUCUGUUACCAAUCUCUUCAUCGUGUCGUUGGCUGUGGCCGAUCUGCUCGUGGGAGUGGCGGUUUUGCCCUUUUCUGCGACGUGGGAGGUGUUCAAGGUUUGGAUUUUUGGCGACGUCUGGUGUAACAUGUGGCUCGCCCUCGACGUGUGGAUGUGCACCGCAUCCAUCCUCAACCUCUGCGCCAUUUCUCUCGACCGUUACGUCGCGGUAACACGACCCAUCACUUACCCCAGCAUCAUGUCCCCUUCCCGGGCAAAAAUGCUCAUCGCCGGACUAUGGGUUCUCAGCUUCGUCAUUUGUUUUCCGCCCUUGGUGGGCUGGAAAGACAGCGACACGGAAGACGAUACAACAAACACGACCCAGCCUGAGGACCUGCACUGUCCGUGGAAGUGCGAACUUACUAACGAGGCGGGAUACGUCGUCUACUCGGCCCUCGGUAGCUUUUACAUACCCAUGUUUGUCAUGCUCUUCUUCUACUGGCGUAUUUAUAGAGCCGCCAUAAGAACGACGAGGGCAAUUAACCAGGGAUUUAGGACUACCAAAGGUUCCCGAAACCGCUUCGACGAGCAGCGCCUCACCCUGCGCAUCCACCGCGGCCGCGGCUCCUCCACCAAGCGCCACCACGGCUCCCCGCACAGCAACGGCAGCAACAGCACCACCACCACCACCGGCAGCGUCAGCCCCAGCCCUUCCACCCGCGCCAAGCACGAGCGCGUCAAGAUCAGCGUCAGCUACCCCUCCAGCGACACGUUGUCGCCGCCGCCCAACCCGCACCUGCUGGCCGUCACCCCCAGCAGCCCCACGGGGCCCACGGCCUCCUACGCCGUGCACUACUCCGUCAACGGCAAAGACGCCACCACGGCGCUGUGCAGGCGCGAGAACCAGCUCCGCGUGCACCGAUUAAGCUCGCGGCGGCGCGCGUCGCGGCGCUCCAGCAGCUGCGAGAGCACGGAGCGGGCGCCGAGCCCGUGCCCCAGCUCGUGCGAGGACGGCAAGAAGGUGAUCUCGCGCCGCAUGGGCAAGAGGAACAUCAAGGCGCAAGUGAAGAGGUUCCGCAUGGAGACUAAGGCCGCCAAAACGCUCGCGAUUAUCGUCGGCGGCUUCAUUUUCUGUUGGCUUCCGUUCUUUACCAUGUACUUAGUGCGGGCGUUCUGCAAGGAUUGCAUACACUCGUUGGUGUUCUCGAUCCUGUUCUGGUUGGGGUACUGCAACAGUGCGAUCAAUCCGUUGAUUUACGCGCUCUUCUCGAAAGACUUCAGAUUCGCCUUCAAGCGGAUCAUCUGCAAGUGCUUCUGCAAACGAAAAGAAGUCUCCGGCCGAAGGGGCUCCGACGGGUCCCAGCUGCAGGGUAGACAGUUCCGAUCUCCCAGUUAUAACGUGCAGCAGCACGAGCAAGGAAACUCCUUAGGGGACGACAGCGACCCCGGCGCAGACCCCUCGGACUCGAGGUGACGACGUAGCCGAAAGCGCCGCGAACCCGUUUCACAAGUGUACCUGGAUAAAGACUCUGUUUUUAAAGUAGCGAUGUGUUUGUAUGGCUGACGAAGACUGUUCGGUCUUCGCACCGGGAGGAGCGAAGACGUGCUGUGAGAAAAAACGCUUUUGGGGUUGUUCUAGAAAGUAAUAAACGUUUUGUUACAAUUAACUUCAAUUCGAUAUAACGAAUUUGGAUGUUGUGUAUUUUAUUUUGUAGAAUAACCCGAGGCGUGCAGGAAUUUGAAAUAUUUUUGAAAAUUUUAGUCAAACGAGAGAAAAGAGCGAAGCUCUUUUCGACCUGUACAGCUAGUUUCCCAGUGAAAAAUGAUGUAGCAUUUAACUACUGUAAUUUAAUUGUUCAUUCAUUUUUGGAGAGGGAAAGAUUAACGACUUAACUCUUUGUAAUUUUAGGACUAAGUAUAAGAAAUCUCAUCGCACAAUCUCUUAUUUAUUUUUUUAUUUGUUUGUGUUGUCGAUGGAGCAUUGUACAUUAUCAUCAGGUUUUCAGGAAUUAUGUCCGAUUCGAUUCCGAUAAUAAAGGCUGUGUUUCGUAGCCAAAUGUUAGUUAUUUUCGUUUAAGCGAUUGUUAAUCUUAAAAUUCAUCUGAUCGAUGUUAAGAUGUACACUAAUUGUAAACAUAGUGUGGAACAAAUGUAAAAAUUUUUGAAGCCUAAUUAAGUAAAUAAUGCAUAAUUCCAUAUUUGUUA